AUGGAUAAGUUUGUAUUGCAUAUUACAAGUUCAUAUGAAGUUGUAGAAAAUUCGUCUAAUGAUGGUCACGAUGAGAAUGUUGAAAAUAACAAUGUAGAGAAUGCACAAAAUACUGAUAAUUUUGAAGAUAAUGAUUCCCCAAUUGAGGCCCAAAUUUAUUUUUAUGAACCAAGACUUAUAAGAGAACUUGAUCUUGUGUUUCCGCUUGAUGACAAUUCACGACAUUUUAGUUAUAGCCAUUAUUCGAGAAAGUUGAACAAUGGUGAGAUUAGUGAUAGAAAGUGGUUAGUUUACUCAAAACGUGCAAAUAAAGUGUAUUGUUUUCCUUGCAAAUUGUUUAGUUCCAAUGUUAUCAAGCAAUUUCUAGCAAGUGUUGGGUUUAAUGAUUGGAAACAUCUUAGCGAGAGGCUUAAGGGUCAUGAAAAUAGUCCCGAACCUAUGACUAAUAUGAGUUCUUGGAAGGAAUUAUGUGUUAGGUUGGAGAAAAAAGAAACAACUGAUAGUGAAUUGCAACAAGAAAUUAUGAGAGAGAAAGAACGAUGGAGAGAAGUUUUGAAAAGAAAAAUUGGUAGUGUGGAAUUUUUAGCUAAAUAUAAUUUGUCAUUUCGUGGUACUAAUGAGAAACUUUAUGUUGAAGGUAAUGAGAAUUUUUUAGGAGUUAUGGAGAUGAUUGGCAAAUUCGACCCAAUACUGCAAGAGCAUAUUCGACAAAUAAAAAAUGGUGAGAUUCACCAUCACUAUCUUGGCCACGGAAUUCAAGAUGAAUUAAUUUCUUUUUUGGCACAUAGUAUGAAGAACUCAAUAUUGAAGAUUAUAAACAAGACAUUCCCAGGUCCCAGCCAUUUCCUUCCUCUUCUUCUUCGAAAAAAACAGUGCUCUAAGUUCUUGAAUUCGCUUCCGUCUUCCUUGAGACAUCUUCUUGCUGAAACAUCUAACCUUUAG